AUGGCGAGUUCUGCAUACUUCGCUAAUAGCGAGGUUGGGUACUGGCCGUAUCAGCCUAUCGGAGACGUCCGACCUGCCGAUGGAGGUCUCUUCCAUGACUCGACCUACCAGGAAUCUGGUGAUCCGAGUGCUGGGUAUUGCGCAAGGUCCCAACACGUUCCUGCAGCUCCUCAGCCACCUUCUAGUCUCUUGGAGACGCUGUUGCGACAUGGCAAGGAUGCCGUGACGGAUAGCUACCCCGCUGCUGGGGGGAAGUCGUCGUUGAGUCCUCAUGCGACUCAGUCCGUGACAUCACACAUGCCUUGUCAGACCCCACCUUACACUCCGACGUCCUCCAUCGAGAGGACCUCUCCUCUGAACGGACUCGGGGACUCCAGCCAGGAGAGGUUCCAGCAUCGGCAACCUCCUGACGCCGCCAUUGGCUCCUAUGGCCAUCGUUACCAGGGGUACCCCUCGCAAACCCAGACAGGGUGCUCUUCGGCCCUUGUACCUCCACCCUCCUCUGCAUCUUACGACUCUCUCCAACCUGGAUACAAUGCCUAUGGGAACAACAAUAACAACGGAAAGACCAGUCCUAGUGGAAACAAAUACCCUGACGACCAGGCGCAGAGAUCCGUCGACUAUCCGUGGAUGAAGUCCAACUAUGCAGCUGGCGAUGUCACCGGGACGGGGCAGAAGAGGACGAGGCAGACCUACACGCGAUUCCAGACUCUGGAGCUGGAGAAGGAGUUCCAUUUUAAUAGGUACCUCACCAGAAGACGCCGGAUCGAAAUUGCUGAGGCCCUUUGUCUCACGGAACGCCAGAUCAAGAUCUGGUUCCAAAACAGACGCAUGAAGGCGAAGAAGGACGGGAAGUCGGGCUUGAACGUCGGGGAAUCCGCGAUUCCGGAUGACGUUACUCAAUCCCACGUGAAAUCUGGUGAUUCCAUUUCCACUGCCAGCUCUGCAACGUCCAUGUUGAUGCAUAAUGGCCCGACUCAGUCCGCAGCUUCUGGGAUCUCUCAGAGAGCCGACUCCCUCCAUCAGCAGCAUCCGCAACACCCACAUCAUCAUCUGCAUGCAGCGUAUCUGAACUAUCAGCACCAAACUCAGGUUGCGUAUGGCCACGAGUAUGGGCGACAUCAAGGUUAUGGUCAACCCGCUAAGUUGGACCACCAUACAGGGUCGUGA